UUUGGGGUGCAGUAUUAAAAUGCCGCUGGGGUCACUCAAACCCCCAGAACCUCCAGAGCCUCUACUUCAGUGAAUCCUCUUCGUCAACAAUCAUGAAGCCUGAGGGAAAACUUGAAAAAUCCUCGAGAUUCCACAAAAACAAAACUGAAAAAGAUGAAUCCAGAAUAAAAAAGCCCUUCGAUAAAAAGACCUACAGAUUAAAAAAGUACAGCAACAAAUACAAAGUGGAGCAGUGGGAAGAUCGAAGGAAAAAAGCUGUGCUACGUGGGUUCUACAAAGACCUUGAGAGAGAAAACAAAAAUGCUCCAUCUAAGCCGUCACUAAUUUCCUCAGACAAUCCCCAUGAGGAAAAUAAAGAGAAACAGCCGAAGAAGAAGCGGAAUGCCUUCCACUCAGCGAAACUUGAAUUUCAGAGGAAAUUGGACGAGAAGAAACAGAGAAAAGAAGAAAUCAUGAGGGCGAAAGCGGAAAGGGAGGAGGCACUCCAGAAAUAUAAACAAAAACGAAUGGAGAAUUACAAGAAGCUGUCAAAAAAGACGAGAAAGGGCCAGCCUGUUAUGAAAGAUAGAUUAGAAAUGUUGUUAGAGAAAAUCCAACAGACGACCUGAUAAGAAUAAAUAAAUAAAUGUAUAUUCUCAUUUUUUACUCCA